GCCCUCGUAAUUAUUCUCGACAAAAAACGCAAAGCGCAGUAAAACCGCAGCGCAGGCGUUGCCGAGGCAAAAACGUCUGAUAACCGCUGCGCAGGUGCUCUCUGCUGCAUCGCAACCAUGGAGCAAACCGACCUCAUGGCAGAGCUCUCGAAGGCCUGGCAGUCGGUACCUUAUUUGAGCCUGGCUUUGAUCGUCAGCGCCUGGACCAUAGGAGUGUUUGGGCUGUCAAUUUUAUUGGACGAUUGCGGCGCGGAGGGCGAAAGCGCGGCGGACGCCAUCACGAAGCUUGCGCGACGCCGCGAGUUCAUGAAGAGCCACGUCGUCUGAUGCGCCUCGAGCUCGUCGAGACGCAGCGCUACGCGGUCCUCUCUCAGCGCGCGACGCGGCAGCGCUGGUUCGGGAGGUCCGUGGCCGCUUUCACGGUAAACUCACCCCGAGUAGAUUAUGGCGACGCCGCGCUGCGAGCGCUCAUGGAGCCGCACCUCCGGAAAAUGCGCGCCGCCCGGCCGACCACUGACAGCAGCAUGACGGCGCGUAUCCUGCGAUACGACGCCGACCGCUACAAGCUCGCCGAGUCGCUCCGUGACACGCUCGGCGUAGGAAGCCUCGAGGCCUGCGCCUGCGCCGACGCUCAUGCAAAACGGGCAUUGCUGGCGCCGCUCCUCGAUCCCGCUACGCGCCGGCCGUUUCAGCGGGCCUACGACGCCUGGAUCCGCGGCGUCGUGCUGCCUGAAAUUGCGGCGGACGCGACUCGCGUGCGGUACCAGCAAUUUCCCUGCGUGCGGGCGCAAUGUCCCGGCGACAUGACGCUCGGGCCGCACUGCGACGCGGCGUAUGGGCAUUCUCCCUCUACACUGAUCGUCUCGUGUCUCCUCACGCCGGCAUACGGCACGAACGCGCUGAUCUACGAGUCGAGCCCGGGCCGCGAAAAUUGGACGGCCUUCGAAGGCUCUGAAGGUGCGGCACUCGCCUUCCCCGGAGGUCUCGCAGCGCAUUUCACCUCGGAGAACACGACGGGCCGGGCGCGGUGGUCCAUCGACGCGCGCGUGCUGGUGGACGACGCGACGUCGGCCUACGACGCGGGGUCCUACUUCGCGGUCGCGGAGCGCGUCGGCGGCGCCUGGCGGCGCGUCGGGGACGAGAUUGCCGCCGUCGACCCCCGUGUCGGUAUUCCAUUUGAUCGAACGUAACUGUUGUGUCAACAUA